ACCCCACAGCCCCCAAACCAAACCAGUGUCAAGCACUUCAUCCCCACACGUUACUCGAAUCCACCACCAUGAAGAUCCAGCUCACCACCAUCGUCGGACUUCUUCUCCCCCUCGCCGUGCUGGCCGCCCCGACUCCAGAGGCAGACGAGCUGGUCGAAAUCCCAGUGGCUAUUGAGGACGACGGGCGCCACGCCUCCUCCUUAGACAUCGGUCUGGGGAAGCGAGCAAACCGUUCUUGCCAGAUCGUGAACACCGAAUCGGAAUACGUCAAGUGUCGGAGUGGACCUGGCUUUAGCCAUGAUGUCCAGGCGGUGGUCUACCCUGCUAAACGGUACAAAUUUACAUGCUACAAGUCUGGGGACUGCUACGAGAACAACUGCACUUGGGAUGCGGUCAAGAUGAGCAAUGGCAAGUAUUGCUAUGUCAAUGGCUAUUACACUGAUGAUAAGUGCACUGCUGGGCUCGCGCAGCCAGAGCCCUAA